CCUGCCUCAGUCCGUGAUACAAAUGACAGCUCUGUACCACGCCUUCGUAGGCUACUGGCUACUUAGCAGUCAGCACUAAUUCUCGCAUAUUUGCCAACUGUCACAAUAGCAUAUUGUUGUUAACUACGACUGCACAGAGAGGACGUCGAGUUUUUCUUGAGUCGGCAUAAAUGCUCGGGAUGUAUUUCAAUCAAUGAACAGCAAUGAGAUUGUAGAAGCACUUUAUUUAUUUAUUUGGUAAAACAUUUCUUCACUUAAUUAAUUUUUUUUUACGGAGGAGCGACUUCAAACCUUUACCAUGCAUAAUGGACGAGUUGACAACCUCUUCGUUUAAAACUACCGGUUCCAAAUGGUUGCUUCCAGUCAGCGAUUUUUGUGGAUUUCCUUUGGAUCAGGUGAACUUCUUGGCAUGUCAGGUGUUUGCCCUUGGUGCAGCCUUCUGGUUCCGUCUUUACCUCAGCCCUCAGUUUUCCAGGCCCGUGGUCCGCCAUGCCGUCGCCACACUCUUUGGCCUCUCCUUUGUCAUAUUCUGUUUUGGCUGGUAUGCAGUCCAUAUCUCCGUCUUGGUGAUGGUUUGCUACAGGAUUCUGGUCACAGCUGACAUCCACAACAUUCACAGGUAUACUAUGAUCAUGUCCGUCAGCUACCUCGCGGUGUGUCAGGUGAGCAGAGUCUUCAUCUAUAACUAUGGGAUCCUCUCAACAGACUUCUCUGGGCCGUUGAUGAUAAUUACCCAGAAAACCACUAUGUUAGCUUUCCAAAUGCAUGAUGGUAUGUGUAAAAAGCGGGAGGACCUCACGUCUGCUCAGAGGCUCCAUGCUGUAGACUCCAAGCCGUCUCUGAUAGAAUACCUGAGCUACAACCUGAACUUCCUCAGUAUCCUGGUGGGACCCUGCAGUCACUAUAAGGACUACAUAGACUUUAUAGAGGGGAGACACGUUCAGAGGAGGCUGAGGAGGCUGUCAGCGUCCAACACUGGACAGAAUGGAUAUGAUAAAGUCCCAGAGCCCUCACCUAUGGCUGCUGUCACACGUAAACUGCUGAUCUGUGCUGUGUGCAUGGUUUUGUUCCUGACCCUCACCAAAGCCUUCCCCGUCACAUAUAACGUUGACAGCCAUUUCGUCAACGAGGCACCUUUCCUAACCAGACUGACGUAUGCCUUCUUGUCUAUACAAGCUGCUAGACCCAAGUUCUACUUCGCAUGGACUUUAGCUGAUGCCAUCAACAACGCAGCAGGUUAUGGUUUUAAAGGUGUGGAUGAAGCUGGACAGGUAUCCUGGGACCUCAUCUCCAACAUCAGCAUCUGGGGGAUUGAGACAGCAACUAGUUUCAAGAAGUUCAUAGAUCACUGGAAUAUUCAGACUGGUGUGUGGCUCAAAACUGUGUGUUACGACCGUGCUCCCCGUUACCCCACAGCCCUGACCUUCAUCCUGUCAGCUCUAUGGCAUGGAGUUUACCCCGGAUACUACUUCACCUUUAUUACUGCUAUACCCAUCACACUGGCAGCGAGAGCUGUCCGUAAGAACGUCCGUCAGUAUUUCCUGUCCUCUUAUCCUGUGAAGCUUGUCUAUGACGUGGUGACCUGGGCCGCUACUCAGCUGUGUAUCUGCUACACCGUCAUGCCCUUCCUACUGCUGGCAGUAGAACCUACCAUGCAGUACUACAGGUCAAUGUACUUCCACAUUCACAUCAUCAGUAUUCUGACUGUGAUUGUACUGAGCCAGAGCCACAAACCAGGAGGCAGCAGCAGCAACGGCACCAAGCCUGGACCGUACGAUCCUCAUCCCCAGGCCCAGCCUCAGCUCCAACCCUCCAACAACAACGUGAAAAGAAAGUGAAGUGUCCCUCUGUGUGUGGAGGCAGCCAGAGACCUGAAUGGGCCCACUGGGUCAGACAAAGACGUCUCUGUGUGUCCACAACAAAGAGAGAGCUCAGCGGGGUGUAGAGGGGCUCAGAGGGGCUCUGAGGGGCUGAGGGACUGUGCCUGCUGGCUGGUCUGCCUUGCAACCCUGUACUCCAACAACAUCCAAUACUUCUACUGCCAGGCUCCUACAAGGCCUCUCUCCUGUCCUGCUUGCCAAUUCUCUGUUCUUUUUUUCCAAGUGUGCACUUGUUCACUUCCCUUCAUGGAUCUGAAAGGAAAGGACUGGCAUACGAUCUGCCUCUAGUCCAGCCCAUAAACUCACCAAUACAAGACUUUUAAUUCAAUGUGUGGGAAGCUGGGUACAAGUGAGAAUGUAUACUUCAGGAGAAAUAUCUGAGAAUUGGACGGACGGACGGACGGACGGAAGGACGGACGGACGGAAGGAAGGAAGGAAGGAAGGAAGGAAGGAAGGAAGGAAGGAAGGAAGGAAGGAAGGAAGGAAGGAAGGAAGGAAGGAAGGAGAGAAAAAAAGAGAGCAAGCUAUAGCUCCUGGAAUUAGAAGUGGCUGGCCCAUUUCUUUACAUCUUACGUCACUAGAUGUAGAUAUCAUGUCAAACAUGUUCAUAGCCUUACGGGUUAGUAAGAUAUUAAUGGUGUCUGUUUAUUGGCGUAUGAGUGCAGAAAACAAUAUCCCUCAGGAUGGCAGGUAGCCUCGAGGUUAGAGUGUUGGGCCAGUAACCGAGAUGAAAAAUAUGCCGCUGUGCCCUUGAGCAAGGCAUCUUUAAACCUGUUUGCUCCAGGGGCUCUCCUCACACAAUCCUUUCUAAAGACACGUCCCAAAUGGCACCCUAUUCCCUUUAUCGUCCAGAUGGGCCCUGGUCUAAAGUAGUGCCCUGGUCUAGAUGGACCCUGGUCUAAAGUAGUGCCCUGGUAGAGAUGGGCCCUAGUCCAGAUGGGCCCUGGUCUAGAUGGGCCCUGGUCUAAAGUAGUGCCCUGGUCUAGAUGGACCCUGGUCUAAAGUAGUGCCCUGGUUCAGAUGGGCCCUGGUCUAAAGUAGUGCCCUGGUUCAGAUGGGCCCUGGUCCAGAUGGGCCCUGGUCUAAAGUAGUGCCCUGGUCCAGAUGGGCCCUGGUCUAAAGUAGUGCCCUGGUCUAAAGUAGUGCCCUGGUUCAGAUGGGCCCUGGUCUAAAGUAGUGCCCUGGUCUAAAGUAGUGCCCUGGUUCAGAUGGGCCCUGGUAGAGAUGGGCCCUGGUCUAAAGUAGUGCCCUGGUCCAGAUGGGCCCUGGUCUAAAGUAGUGCCCUGGUCUAAAGUAGUGCCCUGGUUCAGAUGGGCCCUGGUCUAAAGUAGUGCCCUGGUCCAGAUGGGCCCUGGUCUAAAGUAGUGCCCUGGUCUAAAGUAGUGCCCUGGUUCAGAUGGGCCCUGGUCUAAAGUAGUGCCCUGGUCCAGAUGGGCCCUGGUCUAAAGUAGUGCCCUGGUCCAGAUGGGCCCUGGUAGAGAUGGGCCCUGGUCCAGAUGGGCCCUGGUCUAAAGUAGUGCCCUGGUAUAGAUGGGCCCUGGUCCAGAUCGGCCCUGGUUCAGAUGGGCCCUGGUCCAAAGUAGUGCCCUGGUCUAAAGUAGUGCCCUGGUCCAGAUCGGGGGGCCCUGGUAGAGAUGGGCCCUGGUCUAAAGUAGUGCCCUGGUCCAGAUGGGCCCUGGUCUAAAGUAGUGCCCUGGUCCAGAUGGGCCCUGGUCUAAAGUAGUGCCCUGGUCCAGAUGGGCCCUGGUCCAGAUGGGCCCUGGUCUAAAGUAGUGCCCUGGUCUAAAGUAGUGCCCUGGUAUAAAGUAGUGCCCUGGUCUAAAGUAGUGCCCUGGUCUAAAGUAGUGCCCUGGUCCAGAUGGGCCCUGGUCUAAAGUAGUGCCCUGGUCUAAAGUAGUGCCCUGGUCCAGAUGGGCCCUGGUCUAAAGUAGUGCCCUGGUCCAGAUGGGCCCUGGUAGAGAUGGGCCCUGGUCCAGAUGGGCCCUGGUCUAAAGUAGUGCCCUGGUUCAGAUGGGCCCUGGUCUAAAGUAGUGCCCUGGUUCAGAUGGGCCCUGGUCUAAAGUAGUGCCCUGGUCCAGAUGGGCCCUGGUCUAAAGUAGUGCCCUGGUCCAGAUGGGCCCUGGUCUAAAGUAGUGCCCUGGUCCAGAUGGGCCCUGGUCUAAAGUAGUGCCCUGGUCCAGAUGGGCCCUGGUCCAGAUGGGCCCUGGUCUAAAGUAGUGCCCUGGUCCAGAUGGGCCCUGGUCUAAAGUAGUGCCCUGGUAGAGAUGGGCCCUGGUCUAAAGUAGUGCCCUGGUCUAAAGUAGUGCCCUGGUCCAGAUGGGCCCUGGUCUAAAGUAGUGCCCUGGUCCAGAUGGGCCCUGGUCUAAAGUAGUGCCCUGGUAGAGAUGGGCCCUGGUCUAAAGUAGUGCCCUGGUCUAAAGUAGUGCCCUGGUCCAGAUGGGCCCUGGUCUAAAGUAGUGCCCUGGUCCAGAUGGGCCCUGGUCCAGAAUGGGCCCUGGUCUAAAGCAGUCCAGUGAGGCUCUUAUGAGGAGCUGUUUGAGUAGUUUCUAACACUGGAUGCUGUACAUCAGAUCUCCUAAUAUUCAUUUCAUGUGUUUCUAUGUAUUUAAGAGGAUGGACAAGUUUACUUUUAUUUGGCAGGAAGUUGAGAUUCAUCAAAAUGUUUUUUAAAUGUUGUAUUAACUUUUUAAAGUCGUACAGUCUCAGAUGAGGUGCAGGCAGCACCAAUGACUUCUGAAGGAAAGUGUUUGGUUCUGUCCCAAAUGGCACCCUAUUGUCUAUAUAGUGCACUACCUUUUUAAACAGAGCCUUAUGGGGACGCAGACGUUGACUUUGUUUCAGGGAUGAUGUGGAAGUCUUCUAUUCCUCAGAAGAAGGUCCGAGAUCUUUAACAUCUCAAGUCCUGAAGCAGCUGAACCACUAAUGAUGCUAAUAUGAAGAGUGUCUGGACGGACAAACACACCACACCACACACACACACACACACACACACUACACACACACACACACACUACACACUACACACUACACACCACACUACACACACUACACACACCACACACACCACACACACACACACUACACACCCACACACACACACACUACAGUACUAGUCAAGAUACCAUAAACUGUUUUAGCACCCAGACGGUUUGAAUUUGUCAGUUUUUUUAAUAUAAUUCCACCAAUCAAGUUAUUAACCAAUAUUAAGAGCAACACAAAAUAAAGGAAUGAAAUGACCAA